AAGAUGGACUGAAAAUUUGUGGUGUAAAUAUGUGCACAUAUGUUUAUGUAUAUACAUAUAGUGUGUGUCUACAAAUAAUAAAAGAUAUUUCUAACCGCGACUUUAAAUAUAUUUUUAAAGUUAAUUCUUACAAGAAUACUUUCGCAUAAUACGAACUUGGUAAAGUAAAAGAGAAAGAUGAAACGAGGUCCAUAUAAAUCAUAUUUGGGUCCAGACGGAAACGGCGUUAUGCCGCGAUCAACAUUUUACGAUAAAUUGAAAAAGUUACGGUGUGAUAUCACGGAUGGAAAUAAUGAAGUUCAUAAUGAAAACAUUGCUGUUGACAACAUGAACGAAAUUGAUCUACUUUCACAGAAAAAUAUUUUUGAUGAAAACGACCUACUCUCAAUCGAAACUGCGGCUGAAACCGAUUGUCCCCUUAUAAAUCAACAAAGUUCAAUUACCACAGAUUCAGUAUUCAAUUCAUGGCUUUAUGAAGAUUAUGACGAAGAAUCUUCAGAUCGAGAAAUUUUUUUUGACGCUGAAGAUUCACCACCUGAAGAUAAUUAUCAUGUGGAUAAUGGAAAUGAACGUUAUCAGCAGGCAGAAGAGACGGAUGCCUUAGAAGACAGUUUUAAGAAACCACUUUGUUCCUGUUCGACAGUCACACGAGGAGAAGCAUUGAUGAUCACUGGCAUUAGGAGUCGAAGAGUCGCUUAUAUGGAAAAGUAUAAUUGCAAUUUUGUCAUUGAUUAAUACUUUGUUUCAACAUGAUGUGGUUCCUGCAUCGAAGUACAAAUUACUUAAGACAGUAAAACUCAACGAAGAAAUUCUUACAUAUCAUAUUUUUUGCACUGAUUGGCAUAAUUACUUUGGAGCUAGAAAUAAAUUUAACAAGGAAGAAUUUAAAUGUAAAGUGUGUAUAGAUGAUAAGAAAUCUCCAGAUGUAAAUUAUUUUUUAACAUUUGGUGUUGCUGCACAAUUAAAAACAAUAUUAGAAGAUGAAGAAGUUCAAGAAGUCGUAAUGGAGAGUCUUAAAACUAAAAAUCAAAAAUGCAACAAUAUUCUUUAAAAUAUGAGUGAUGGUGAAUUAUAUCAACAAUUGUCAAAGCCGAAUAACCCUCUUUCAGAAGAGUAUAAUUUAUCGUAUACCUUCAAUACCGAUGGCUGUCAACCAUCUAAAUCAAGUAAAGUUUCUAUUUGGUCCAUAUAUGCGUGUAUUAAUGAACUUCCUCCUAAACUGCAAUCAAAACACAUGAUAAUGAUAGGCUUAUGGGCGAAUAAAAGUGAAAUAGAUAUGCUUUUAUUUUUGAAGCCAUUCGUGGAUGAAAUGAAUAAGUUAUCAGAAGUAGGUGUACAAUGGAAUCUACGAUAACAAAUAUUAACAAGCAAAUUUAUCCCUAUUUGUGCCGUCUUUGAUUCGGUAGCACGAUGUAAACUCUUAAAUAUGAAACAGUACAAUGGUAUUUAUGGUUGCACAUUUUGUGAGCAUCCAACUGAACGUGUAGGCAACUCCAGAAAAUUUCCUAUGACAAUGGUUGUUCCGAAAGAGCGAACAGACGAGUCGAUCUAAAAACAAAUGCCUCAAGCCGUUCAAAAUAAAUAUGGUAAUGAUAUUAUGGGCGUAUGGGGACCAUCGCCGUUAAUGAAUUUGAAAUAUUUUAAUAUCGUCGAUGGAAUGUCACCCGAUUAUAUGCAUGCCAUCUUAUUAGGUGUAUUAAAGCAACAUAGCCAAAUUCUGUUUACUGCAUUCGGUGAAGAUUACUAUGUUGGAAACUCGAAUCAACUUGAAGCAUUGAAUAUAAAAUUGUUAAGCUUUGAACAUGCUUCUUGUAUCACUCGAUCUCCCAGAUCAUUAUAUGAAAGAGAAAUGUGGAAGGCUACAGAGUGGCGAUCAUGGCUUCUUUUUUAUUCACUGAUAUGUUUCAAGAGGAUUCUUCCUCAAAAAUAUUUAGACCACCUAGCUUUACUGGUGGAGGCUCUUCAUAUCUUAUUAUCAAACAAAAUUGAUAAUAAUGAAAUGGACCGGGCGGACUCUUUAAUAUUAAGAUAUGUAGUAACGUAUCAAGAAUAUUUUGGCAAAGAAGCAAUGAUCUAUAAUAUUUACUUAUUAUUACACAUAGUGAAAAGUGUUCAAAAGUUAGGACCAUUGCUAUGUCACAAUACAUUCGUUUUUGAGAGUGAAAAUCAUUUUUUACUGAAACUACAAAAGAGUCCUAUUAAUAUUGCCAUUCAGAUUGCCCGGCGCUAUUUGUUUGAAAAAGCAUUAUCACCACUACAGAAAAAAAUUCAUGUAAGUGAACCAUUUUUGAAAUUUUGUGGAAAAAAUUUGACAGGACGUUUAAAAAACUUUUUUGAAGUAGACGGCUGUAUUCUCAUUGGAAAUGGUAAAGAAUAUUACUUGAAUGAUAAUGAGCAAAACCUUUUGAACAGAAUAGUUAACUGUAAGUGUCCCUGUUGAAAAGCUCUAA